AAACAAACAAAGCAAGAACAAAAAGUAAAGAGACAAGGAAAGCCAGCACGUAACCAUGAACAUCAACUUGAAUUGUUCUUUAGCAAUCCAAGAAUGCAUAGGUUUGCCUCACUUAGCUCUUGGAUUGGUCUUGAAAACUUACCUCUUUUUUCUUUUCAACCAAUCUGCUCGGUGCCACACAUAAACCAAUGGCGGCUUGGUCACCUACAUUUUUCCGCGCGUCAGGGAGUUUGCUUGUCUUUACUUUGAGUUUUGUUGGGUCCUUGUAUUUAUUUUUGUUGUGAGUGGGUGUUGUGAUAACUUUGGUUCUGGUUUUACGACACACAGUCAGAAUGCAUUCUACGUGCCAAUCAGAUCAUGCAACUGGUUGAAGGUGUGCGGAAAAACUGGUACGAAUGCUACGUAUACUUGGAUUGGCCAUGGUAUUUUGUUCAGUUUAAAUGUCGUGUUUAAUGCCCCAUGCAUCGUCUUUUCGCUGCAACUGCGAUUAAUCUCAUUUUUCCCCUUUCUUUUUCUUGUGCAUAGUUAUGGACAUUAUGCUGAAGGAACUGGCUCAGUGCUCAAAAUGGCAAAUAUCGAUGUGAGUUUUCUUCUUUAAAAUUUUUUUAAUCUAUUACUUCGUUCUCCUUCUAUUUUAACUUAAAGAAAGAAACUGAAAGGAGAGAGGAUAAAGCAAAGAACGAAACAUUUAUUUUGUAUCCACACAUUUCACCCUUAACAGUGACUUCGAUAGCCCCACACGAAUCAAGUACUGUACUUGGUCACAAUUUUGGACAAAAUCUUUGGUAACGCUUGGAACUGAAUCUCUGAAUUUGUUCAAAUACAAUACAAUAUGGUGUUCCCUCUCAUAGGUUGCCCUUCUCCCCUUCUCAGCGUGAUGCUCUAAGUCAUGCAUCAUAUGCUUAUGAAAAGCAAUAUUUUAGUAUGGGGUUAUUGGAAUAAAUCAUAAUGGAAUUGUUUGAUUAAGAUUUUGGAGAAUUGACUUUUCCUCAUGUAGGACUGAGACAAAGGGAAACUGAAGAUACUAAAUGGUGUUAAUUAAUGUUUGUUUAUCACGAAAAUCGUGUCCAAAGAUUUUUUGUUUACUUUUCUUGUAUACUCAUUUUUAGCGCAGGAGUUUGCUGGAAAAGAAAGACGUUUCAAUUAUCACAUUACACACAAAACUAUCGUUUCUUUCGUAAUUCGAACGCUUUCAAAAUUGGCAGUUUCCCACACAGAGCUAAGUCAUCUUUUGGCGAUCGAAGAUAUGUAUGUAGGGUGUUUAUGGUGCAUCCAGACCAAGUUACCGUCUUCCUAUCACGAAGACUGUAUCAAUGUAACAGACAUUUGUUAUCCUUCGUAGGACUCAGAUAUCUUCAGAAGAUACCAGGAUCUUACAGAUGAUAAACAAAAAGCAGAGCUUUUGUCAAUAUUGAAAUUGAGGUAUUUUACCCCACGUGAGGUGGCAAAUCUGCAUGGCUUCCCCUUCGAGUUUCGUGAGUAUUAUCAAUCAUUUGUUUUUUACUUUCAAUCAUGAUGGCACACGCAUCUUAUGUCUUUAUUUCCCAUCCAAAAAACAGCGACAACAACAGAAUACAAAACCUAACACAAAGCACUCACAAAAAGUGCAGUAAAUUGUCAAUGAUUUAGGAAACGAAGGAACGUUAUAUUUACAUGCCUUCAUCCUAGUAUAAUUUAUUAGACGGAAUACCUGCAAGAACAUUUCUUAUUGAUUGCUCGCUAUGUAUCUUAUUAGUUUGCCAACCAUCUCUCUCUCUUUCUUGUUUUAAUAGGUUCCCGAAUACAUUUUACGCUUAUUUUUUGUCAUCGGUUAACUUACAUGAUACAAAUACCAACUGCCUUCCAUUUUAGAAUCUACGAUCCCUUAGGGACUGAAGUCGCCGUAUUGUUACUUGGAGCUUUACUUACUGUCAUUCACUUUUUUGUUUACUUUAUCAGGUUUCCCUUCGUCUUUGUCGAUCAAACAACAAUAUCGCCUGCUAGGAAACAGCCUCAAUGUUCUGGUGGUGUCUGAGUUACUGAACUGUCUCUUCCACGCGCCAUAAUUUUGCAAAGAGACAGACUGGAGAUUGUUCGUGUCUGUGCGGAAAGAAAACGAUGAUGCUUUGAAGAAACUGUCACAGUGACAUUAGUUAUUUACGGAAACAAGAGAGAAGACGUGCUCUACAAAUCGAACAUUUUUUUUUUAUCUGUAAAUAAUAUAGAUUUAGCCAACAAUAAAUGCGUAGC